AUGCACGCCAUCACGGUCACGGCCCUGUUACCGUGGACCUCUUUCGCCGCUCCACGCUCCGCGCCGCGCUGCCGGCAGCUGGCCACUCUGCGCACCACACGGCCACUCUGCGGCCUGCGAGAGGCUGGCGACGAGGCGCACUCGUCCAAGAAGAGGCACAUGGCGCUAAUGUUUGGCUUCCGCGGCACGGGCUUCUAUGGCCUCCAGUCUCAGAGCGCUGAGGGCACGCCCGGCCAGCCGACCGUCUCUGACGCGCUGCGGCGGGCACUCCUCGACGCGGGCGCGGUCCUGCCGAGCAACUUCUCUCCACUGACGCGAACAAAGUGGACGCUGGCGAGCCGGACCGACAAGGGCGUGCACGCGGCUCGCGCGGCCGUCGACAUCUCUCCUCUCGCACCCGGCGCCGGCCUCCUCCUCGACGAGAUCCGCUGGUUCGAUCUCGGCAAGCGCGCCGAGGACCUCGCCUUCCCCCCCUCGGCGCACGCGGCGGCCGAAGCCUUCAAGGAGGGCACGUAG